CCUCCCUUGCCGCUCAAUACGGCCCAUAUCUAUAAUGUUGCAGUGACAUUUGGUUAUGUGUUUCCUCUAUACCUCAUGAAGCAUACUCGUCUUUCCUUUUCCGCCUCUCCUAGCGCUGGUGUCGGGAGAGAGCGCGUUAAGCAACCGGAGGAACGCUGGAGAGAUGAUCCUUCGGUCAUUAAGGCAAGGCUACUUUCUGCUUCAAUCAGCACGGCUGUCGCCUGUGGAUGGGCUUAUGCAGUCAUCAGAUAUAUUUGGAAAAGCUAUAUUCCUGACGCACCUUCAUGGAGUUUCAUCAAGCCUCGUUUGGGGCUGACGUUGAGUGGCGACACUAUUCCGGCGUACCUGGUCACCCCAGCACUAUUCAUGGGACCUUUAUAUGUCCGCCAUCUUCAAGGGGAGCUUCCCUUCAGGCGUUGGACCUUCAGGGACGUUCGAGACACGUUCUUCACCUGGACGGGAUUCAGGAACUUUGUUGUCGGACCGGUUACUGAGGAACUUGUGUGGCGAUCGUGUAUCAUUGCUAUCUACCACCUUGCGGGCGUAUCGCGGAAUUUUUUGAUUUUCUUUACCCCCAUUUCGUUUGGUGCAGCUCACCUUCAUCAUGGAUGGGAAGCAUACUGCCGUUAUGGACAGACCCGUCAAGCUCUUCAACGCGCAAUCAUUGUCACUCUCUUCCAGUUCACCUACACAACCCUUUUUGGAUUUCACUGCGCGUUCCUGUUCCUUCGCACGAAUUCCGUUUUCCCUCCCAUUGCCGCUCACGUGUUUUGCAACCUAAUGGGUGUGCCA